AUUUCCCCGGGAAAGCUCGGUUUCGGCAAGAGUGUUUUGAGUUCGCUCAAGUGUAUUUGAUAAGCGAUGGAAAAAAUCACUGAGAAACUUUUACUGGAGAAAGCCUCUCCAAAAGCCAACAAACUGGAGCAAAUCAUGACUUUGAACCUGUCUAAGAUGAGGUUGAAGCUUCAGGAUCUACCUGUCAAGCUGCUGUCCCGUCUCCAGUCUCUGGAGAAGUUGGAUCUUUCUGGAAACAUGCUGCAGGAGUUUCCCAAGAACCUGGAGCUUCCUGCUCUUCGUUUCCUGGACCUGAGCGACAACCAGAUCGAGGACGUUACCACUCUGGACUCGCUAAGCAACGUAGAAGAGCUGAGGAUGGAUGGCAACCUCUACAUCACUGUGAGUGACACUUACAAGCUGAUGGUGUUGCUGCCCAAUCUGAGGAUUUACAACGGUAAAGAUGUCAGUACUUAUGCCAACCACUUGCGUUAUGUCUACAGUGAUAAUCUGAGGACCAGGAUUGCUGCUCUUUGGGAGAAUAGCUUCUGCCUCCCUGAUCCCAUCACAGCAGAGAAAAUAGAUGCCUUGGAGAGCAAGUUUGUCAGCACUGCUUCUUAUCAAGUUAAAUUUGGGCCCAAUUCAGUCAGUGACUUCACCAGGUGGAGGGUGGGGAUAUUAGCUAAGGAGUAUCUUCUCUCACUGACAGAACCGAAGAAAGAAGUUGAUAGCGUGGAGACUACAGGCACUCACAAAACAAGUCAGCCUCCCAUUACCCCGAGCAGGGGAGAGAGGAGAUCAGAGAGACCCAAGAGAAGCUUUCAAGAGCAGCAAACCAGCGAGGAUGAUGCUCAGAAGAAACGGAAGGAAAGUUUGGGCAAAAAGGAUUCACGGAGAGAUGCUGACAUGCUGCAAACAGUAGAAAUUCGCAGCGACACACAGCCGGUGCAUCUCAAGCCGCUCCAUGUUCUUCAGUGCCACAGCAAACAGGACAGCUUAGAGGACUUCUCCACCCAGCUGUGGGCCUGUGCUUUCCAGCCACUGCCUGAUUCUGCUGGCAACGCUGGAGGAAGUCGUUUGGUCGCUACUUGUGGAGGAGACUCUAUCUGUUUGAUUGACUGUGAAAUGGGGAUGGUGAUGAAGAAGUACAAAGUUCCCGGGGAGGAGUUCUUCUCCCUGGCCUGGACUACAGUGCUGAUGUCCAGAGGAGGCAAUGCUUCAGCGCAGCACUGCAGCAUUCUUGCAGCCGGUGGGAAGAGAGGGAUAGUCAAACUGAUUCAUCCCAGAAACAACGUGGCCUACGGAGAGUUCAGAGCCAGCCGAAAGGCGCUGUCUGUCCUCCGAUUUAACCACCAGCAGGGAAACUUCCUCUUCACGGGAUCGUACGACAACAAGAUCUUGAUGUGGGAUAUCGGCGGGGUGGACAGCCAGUACAACUUCAAAGUUGUUCAGCUGCUGGUAUUGGAAAUCGGUACCACCCCUCUGCACAUCUGCUUGCCCCCCACUGCUCCCAGUGCACACCUACUGACUGCCUGUGAGGACGGCUUGCACUGCUACAACACACAGCUCGGUGCCAACAACACCAGUAAGAGGUCAAAAGAAAUGGAGAUAACUUUCCCCAUAUACAAGAAGGAAGACAAAGACCAUGACUACCACACGGUGGACGGCCUGAGUUUUCUUAAUGAUGACAUAGUGGCAUCCAAGAACUACCUGUAUGGUUGCAUCUACCUGUGGAGCUGGAGCAGGACCAAGGUUCAGCGGCCUGACAAGAAGAGCAAAGCAGUGCGUGCUGUGGUUCUGGCUGAGCUGCAGUGGACCAACACUCAGAUUCCCUACCUGGCUCUCAACACCUGUCCUGGUCAAGCCUACAUGGUGUGCGGUGAUGACAAAGGCAAGAUAUGGACAUACCACAUCCCCAACCUCCAGAAAAACAGCUUCCACACUGGGAAACCCAUACUGCCCACUGAGGUGUUGGAGUGGCCGACCCCAGUUAAGAACGGCCACGGCAAGGUAGAAGGCCCCUCCAUCAACAGCGUAGCCAUGGACCCUGAGCUAUGCUAUCUAGUUGCCCUUAGUGACAAGAAUAUGGUGAUAGUGUGGAAGAGAGAGGAGUCGCCCUGAGCAACCAUAGACUGCACAGCCAUAAAGAAUCUGAGUGGUGCCCCAUUACUGAAAAUGUGCACAUUCAUAAUUUGCGAGUGUCGAUGCUACAUCAGCAUCUAAAAGCAUCACAGACUGAAGAACAAAAGAACUUUUUACUUUACUUUUUUUUACACAAUAAUGUAUUAUGUGGAGUUUAAACAUAAAACUGUAAUUUUCAGAUGUUUUUAUUUUUACUUAAAGUUGCUGCUGUUAUGAGUUAUAGGCGAUCAUAGCUAGGUGACUUUGACUGUGACAGAAUUAUCCGUUGAUUUGUCCAGAAUGGACAGAAACGGCUCCAUUUAGAUCUACAUGGUUACAAUAAUCAACCGUGGACUUCAAAAUUCAGCUGAUGACUGGAUUUGUUUUCUUGUUUCUACUCCCUGGAACAGUUUCACAGUUUGGAUGUGCAAACUUCAGUGUAAAAGUACAAGCGAGCCCAACGUUAACAAAGCCAUUUAGCUGGUUUAAGUUUAACUUGAAUUAGUUAAAGCUUUGUUAAACUUUUUUUUAGCAGAUCUGUGUGUAAUGUCAGAACGGUCACGAGUUCGUGUCAAAGAAUUAUUCCUAACUUUAAUGAUGUGUUGUGGUAAGGUCUCACCCCUCCAUCACCCUUGUUUCCACCAGUAAGGACCUGGUUUUUGCAGAAAAAGCAGUCCUAGCACACAGCAGAUUGUGACUCCACAUAAUAAGACUGCUCAGUGUCUGCAGGAUGUUUUAAGGGCUACGGUUUAUCCACAUUUUCACUGUAACAAACUUCAUGUUUCACAUUAAAUUGGUUCAUUCAGAUUUAAGCCGGCAGAGUCUGCGGCUCGUUUCUUUUUUUGAAAUAUAUGCUUUGUUGAUAAGUAUAGUUUUUGAAUGUGAAUGAUUGAGGCUUUUAUUUUCCCGUGCUACUUUUUAAUGAUCAGAUAACACUGAAGAGUGAAACUGCUGAAAACAUUUACUUUUCUGAAUACUUCUCAUGUCGGUGUGCUUAUUGUGUUUUUAUGCUUUAAAGCAGAAAGUGAACUGUUUUUCUAUUUAAUUAAAGAAGUUUUUAGCUUGCUUCUAACUGCUUUUGGCUUUUAAGUGUAUUCUGUUGUUGAAUCAAAUGUCUGAAUUCUUAAGAAGUACAGCAAAGAUGUA